GUAAUUUACCUCAAUAUUCUUGUGUGAACUUCUUAAAGACCCAUGUAACAUGAAGAACGCGAUUUCAGAAAUUUCGCUAGGCCGUACAGUGACCGGAACGCAGUUUUAAUUAAACGAAGGCUGGUUGGGUUUGCGGCGCCAGAUGUUUAUAAAGGAUAUAAGUAUUGACCUCUCAGGUGAUUUGAAGUGUUUAAGUUUAGCAGUUCUUUACGAAAUCAUACUACGAGCGUGUGAUAAAAGCAGAUGAAGUCAAGAAACCGCACGAUCGAACGCAAGUUAAUGAGUUGCCAACGACUGCUUUCAAUAUCAUCUUUCCUUUGCCGUGAUAGGCGUAAUUUCGAUAUAAUUGUCGUGUGAUUAGAUAUAUGAUAACAUUUGGAAAGACAUUAAUCAUGCAAUGUGUAUUAAUUUGAAGUUAAUUGUUAAUAACUGGAUUUAAAGAAGAUAGUUGCCAGUUAGCGCUUUGUCAGAACAAUAACCCGGCGACGCGCCAAAAUUUGUAAACAUUGUCACACCGGUGUUGAUAGUGGUGGCGAACAGUAGAUUGAAAUUACAGAUUAAUUUAGUGGGUAUUUACUGCGUUUUAGUUCUCUGAAAAAUCUUGAUAAAACGUAUUGGAAGUUACUUAACGUCAGCUUAUGGUAAUGGUGAAUGAUCUUCAUGUUGAAUUACCCUAUCUUCUAUAAGUGAUUCUGAUUUGAAAAGAAAGUAUCUGAGUUAAUGAAGUAUCAUAAUAGUGUUGAAAGGACAGAGAUAAGCGAGUAUGACAUAAAUGGGAAUAUGGAAUUGCCUGACAAUGCUGAAGCAGCUCCUUACCACAAAAAAGAGACAAUUGCUUCAAAUGAGUGCUCUUCUACCAUCUCCAGACCCAUGCCAAAAAUUGCUGUAAAAUCAGAUAUUUUUGAAGAAAGUUGUUCAGAGGAGGUGAAGCAAGUUUCACCUUCCGUCUCCGUGACCGCUUCUGCCUCAGAUGGUUGUUGCAGUGAUGAUGUAGUUGUGUUGGAGGAAUUUGACUGUAAAAAGGAAGUGAAAAAUGCAUCUUCUGAGGACAGUAAUAGCAGUGGAGUAGGUCAGAAGUUUGAUACAGCAAGUGUUAGUGGUAAAGACAAGAAUCAGAGAAAAAUUACAGCUUACUUUCUCAAGAUGAAGGAGUGUGAUAAUGUGAAAAAAAUUCCAGGGGAAACUCAAGGCACCAUGUGA